AUGCCUGGUGGUGGAGUCAUCUCCUCGCCUGCGGACACCAUGCGUGUCGAGGCUCCGGUCACGUUCAAGGCCUACUUGAUGUGUGCCUUUGCUGCCUUUGGUGGUAUCUUCUUCGGAUAUGACUCUGGUUAUAUCUCGGGCGUUCUGGGAAUGUCCUACUUCAUUCAGCAGUAUGAGAAUCUCGACCCCGCUACUACUCCUGCGGAUCUCUUCGUUGUCCCCGCCUCAAGGAAAUCGCUCAUUGUCUCUAUUCUAUCAGCUGGAACAUUCUUUGGUGCUUUGAUUGCUGGUGAUCUGGCUGAUUGGUUUGGUCGUCGGACUACCAUCAUCUCCGGAUGUGGCAUUUUCAUUAUUGGUGUCAUUCUGCAGACCGCUGCUAGCAGUCUGGGUCUGCUCGUUGCCGGUCGCCUGAUUGCUGGAUUCGGUAUCGGUUUCGUCUCUGCCAUUAUCGUUCUCUACAUGUCGGAGAUUGCCCCGCGCACGGUCCGUGGUGCCAUCGUUUCCGGCUACCAGUUUUGCAUCACAAUCGGUCUCAUGCUGGCCUCCUGCGUCGACUAUGGCACUCAGAACCGUCAGGAUACUGGUGCGUACCGCAUUCCCAUUGCCCUCCAGAUGCUCUGGGCUGUCAUCUUGGCCAUCGGUCUCUUCGUGCUGCCCGAGUCUCCUCGCUACUUCAUCCGCAAGGGCCAGAAGGAGAUGGCUCGUGAUGUGCUUGCCCGUAUCCGUGGCCAGCCUGUUGACUCCGAGUUCGUUACCCUGGAGCUGGAUGAGAUCGACGCCAAUAAUCAAUAUGAGAUGCUGAACAUCCCCCAGGGUGGGUACUUCACCACCUGGCUCAGCUGCUUCCGCGGCAGUCUCUGGGAGCCCAACAGCAACCUGCGCCGCACCGUUCUCGGUACCUCGCUGCAGAUGAUGCAGCAGUGGACUGGUGUCAACUUCGUCUUCUACUUCGGCACCACCUUCUUCAAGCAGCUAGGCACAAUCCAGGAUCCUUUCCUGCUGAGCAUGAUCACCACCAUUGUCAACGUCGUCUCAACUCCCUUCUCCUUCUACGCCAUUGAGAGAGUUGGCCGUCGGCCCCUCCUUCUGUGGGGUGCCCUAGGCAUGGUCGUCUGUCAGUUCAUUGUCGCCAUCAUUGGUGUCACCGACGGCGGCAACCCCAAGGCUGUCAGCGCCAUGAUCGCCUUCAUCUGCAUCUACAUCUUCUUCUUCGCCAGCACAUGGGGCCCCGGUGCCUGGGUUGUGAUCGGUGAAAUCUACCCUCUGCCCAUUCGUUCCCGUGGUGUUGCCCUCUCGACCUCGUCGAACUGGCUCUGGAACUGCAUCAUCGCCGUCAUCACCCCCUACAUGGUCGACACCGACAAGGGUAACCUCGGCGCCAAAGUCUUCUUCAUCUGGGGCUCUCUCUGCACCUGCGCCUUUAUCUACACCUACUUCCUGAUCCCCGAGACCAAGGGCCUCACCCUGGAGCAGGUCGACAAGAUGAUGGAGGAGACCACCCCCGCACCUCCGCCAAGUGGAAGCCCCACUCCACCUUCACCGCCGAGAUCGGCCUCGUCGACAGGAAGCUGGCUGUGGGACCUACUGUCACGCAGCAGGAGGUCUAAGCUAUCAGACUAG